AUGUCUGUUUGUAUUCUACCAUGGACUACGGAGACGGCGAUUUUGCCUUGUGUUCUUGACGACAUCUUCGGGGAGAUUGAACAAUUCGAAACAGCUACGAGUUCGUGCUCAUGUUCCGACCAGGAGAAAACAGUGGUAGGAACGGAUCCGAAACAGGCUACCCAAGAUGACUCAAAGUUAUCGUUCUCACUGAACGUCUCGAAAUUCAAACCAGAUGAGCUGAAAGUGACAAUAGACGGUAGGAAUCUAACCGUUACAGGAGAACAAGAAUUCCAAGAAGGGUCGUCAUAUAGUGCCAGGUCAUUCCUUCAACAAUGGACCCUACCAGAAGACGUCAAUCUCGAGCAAAUACGAUCUACUCUUACAGACAGCGGUCAGCUGAUCAUCGACGUGCCAAAGUCCGAACCAGCUGGAACCAUUCGGAACAUGCCUAUCCAGACGGAAAUCGAUCUGGACUAA